UCUCAAGGCUGGAUGGAGAAGUUUGGAAAGCGUCAUUGUAUCAAGAUGAAUCGAAUUCAUGGUGAGGCUGAUUCUACUGAUAUAGAAUCACUUCAGAUUGACAAGGCUGCCAUCAAAGAGAAGAUAGAGAGAUAUAGUGCUUGUGACAUAUAUAACUUUGAUGAAACAGCACUCUUUUAUGCUGUUCCACCAAGAACAACAAUUUCUCACCAGAAAUUUUCUGGUUGGAAGGAAAAUAAGAAGCGGCUUACAGUAGGCCUUUUGUGCAAUGCCAAUGGAACAGACAAGUACAAAAAACAAGAGGCAGUAGAUCAUGGAUUUUCUAUGUAUCAUUACAACAGUAAUACCUGGAUGACACAAUCAAUCUUCCAUGUUUUCCUCUGUUGCUUUGAUCGUUCAAUGAAAGUGCAAAACUGCAAAGUGCUUUUGAUCCUCAAUAAUUUCUAUGGCCAUAUAGUAGAUUAUGCGCCUACAAAUGUUGAGCUUCUUUUUCUGCCUCCAAACACUACGUCCCACCUUCAGCCAUUGGAUGAUGGUAUCAUUCAGGCUUUUAAGGCUUAUUUCAAGCGUAAACAGUAUGUCAAGGCAUAUCAGUAUAUUGACAUGAUUCAAAAUGAC